AUGGCUACCUCGACCGGUCUCCCGCGCAUGUCCUUCGGGGCCAGCAAGUCACUCGACCUGUCUCUGGACCUGCCCAUUGUCCUUUUGCCUCCAACUGACGACCCGCCUUCGCCAAUUGACGAGAGCGACGACGAGGAUGAUCAGAGGACACCCACAACCGCAACGAUCCCACAGAUUCCUGAGCGAAGCAUACGCCGCGACAUCAAUGAGUCUCCGACACUCGGCAGCCCCAAGGUCCCGCGCCAUCCCAUCCCCUCUAUGCAAUCUGCUUUCAACGAGUCCUUCCUCGAAGUCGCCGAUGGCAACCCCGCCGCCAAACCAAAGUUGAAGACUGCUGACGCAAAGAUCCGUCGCGAAGAGCUCAUAAGCCAGGAGCGCGAAGAUGACCUCCCCGACAUGCUCUGGCGUUUCCGUCCUGGCCAGCAGCAGCACGAGCUUCACAAGCUCAUGGCUCAGAUAUCAUUUGGCGUCUACUUACUGCUCAAUGGCAUGGCCAACAGUGCUGCUCAAGUAGUUAGCAUUCUCCAGGGACACAUUGAUGAAGUGGACGAGUUUCUUGAGGUUGUAAUGGAGGAUUUUGAACAGGCAUCCAAAGACCUGAAGGAGAGGAUAGACUACCUGCGCUUGCCGAUGGAAAACCUGGAAGUGUUUGAGAAGCUGUUGGAGGACCGCAAUUUUCGGCUGGAAAUUGUCCAAGGGAACGAAAAGAUUGAGCAUAUUGUCGCCCGCACCAACAUCCAGCUCGAGCAAUACGACAAGGAUGUACAGCAUGGCUUAGCUGCGACGAAGGAGUUUGCCAUUUACCUAGCCCAACAAAAUGCCGGCACAUGGCGCCAAGAUCGACCAGAUGUCGUCGACAUUUACGCCGCCAUGAAGGGCAACACGGAGGGCUGGUAUAACGCAUUUGUUGAGUUGCAGGCUCAAGGGAAGGAACUGAACGCCCUGGUUAUCAGGCUUGGCAAAAUGGUGGCGGAGAUGAGCAGGAAGGCUGGUGAAGUCAGCAGGAGAACUUGGGCGAGCAUCCCACCAUUCACUUUGCCGAUUCAAGGACCUCGAACCGAUGAGGCCUCACUCAACUCCCCGCCGGCUUCUCCCCCUUCUCUCAGGAGCGCAAGACGAUCAACGCUCCGCGCCAACAGCGUCAGUGGCUCCAUGUCCACCGGAAGAUCAAGCUCGAAUCCAAGUUAUUUCGAGAUCCCUGUACAAAGGCCGUCCCCAGCAGCUUCGCCAGACCGACAAUCCACGCGCACCGCUCAGACAUCGCAAACAAAUAGGAGUAUCCAUACUGCUAGAAGUACGCACACUAGCAGAAGCAACCACACGACCAGUAGCUCUCGAACGACCGGCAGCUUCCACACUACUCACAGCAACCAUACUGCUCCCAGCUCGCAUUCGGUUCACAGCUCAGUAAAUAGCACACACAAAGUUACACCGAAGCUGACCUUGGAGACGCCUGAUGGUCCGUCGGGGUCUUUCGAACCCGAACAAGUCGAAGUCGCCAUUGACGACGCUCCGCUCUACAUCCUGCAGCCCCGGACAUAUACGCCUCAGCCCCCAGAACCUCUGCCCUCGCCUAUGGUGACUGAGUCACCCAAACCUGAGCCGCAACGAGAGGCCCCCGUACCAACAAAGAAGACUUCGCUCCGACAACGAGUCUCGCUCAAGACAACGCCUCCGGAGUCCAUUCAAAUCCCUCCCCCCGCUACAGACCUACACCACUCCCAUGCCGAGAGAGAAUCGCCCCGGCAAUACCAGGCUCCCGAUUCAGCGUAUGGCUCAGAUAUCGAUCAACGACCGCGCUAUCAUAACACCAAUGAGCUGUCUCCACAGGUGCAACAACCGCCAGUACUGCCUUCUCCUCGGUCUGAGCACCAAUUUUACCGCCCGGUGCAGGCAAGCCCGCAUUCUCCUCUGCAGCAAAGGCCCCUCACGGCUGGUGCGCAACCUCGGUCUCCUUAUGCUCAAUCUGGGUACUAUCCCUCCCACCAGAGGAACGCACCCUCCCGCUUGGGUGGCGCAAGUAUGUUGAGUACUGUCACGACGAUGACUUACGAUUCUCAAGCCACGGCUAGCGGUGAGAAGCGACUGAAGAAGAAGCGCAGUGCAUUCGGCUGGUUGAAGAAGGCAUUCUCUCUCGACGAGGAAGAGCGGAUGGCAUACGAACAGCGGAGGCAGCAACAAACGCCGAAUAUGUACUACGACGCCAGAAGCCCCAAGUUCUUGGACGGCAAGAGAGUGACACCGCGCUGA